GCGGGGUUUUGCAGCAGUGGUUUACGAUUUUAAAUGUUUAAAUGCCGAGUACUGUUUUCUGUCAUUGUGUGGAGUAUGGUGUCUAUACAAGAACGCAACUAAUCAUUAUUUUGUUUAUGUCAUUGUGCAACGUAUGUUCCUUUUUUGUAUGUGAUUAAAUCGUUAAAAAUGGCAGAUUUUUACUAUCAACGGUUGUGAGAGUGAACGGAGAGUUGUCAUUAUGAACUGUCAACUUCUAGAAUAUGAAACUGUUUGUAUGAUAGGAUCCGGUUCAUUCGGUACGUGCUUCAAAGUCAGAAACCGAACUACUGGAAAGUGUUAUGUGUGGAAGACUUUAAAAUAUGGAACAUUAUCACAAGAACAGAAGAAGCGCCUUGUCUCCGAGGUGAAUUUAAUGAGCGGCCUACAUCAUCCAAACAUUGUCGAGUACCAUGAUCGCAUAAUUGAUAAAACUUCAGCUACUUUAUAUAUAAUAAUGGAAUGGUGCCCAGGAGGUGACCUCUCUGUACUUAUAACAAAAUGUAUAAAGAGGAAUUUAUCACUAGACGAAGGAUUUAUAUGGCGUGUUCUCUAUCAGAUAGCGCGCGCACUUCAAGCGUGCCACUCCCAGCUUCCAUCUGGAACAUUGUUGCAUAGAGAUGUGAAACCAGCAAAUGUCUUUUUAGAUUCAGAUAACAAUGCAAAACUUGGUGAUUUUGGGUUGGCACGUAUUCUAAAUAGUGACAGUAGCUGUAGUCAGACGUUUGUUGGCACACCUUACUACAUGAGUCCUGAGGUUAUAAUGGGUGGCGCAUACAGCAAAAAAUCUGAUGUGUGGUCGCUUGGGUGUAUUGUAUAUGAACUUUGUUCUCUCAGGCCGCCUUUCAAGGGUUCAAAUAUCAAACACUUAGCUCAGAAAAUCAUUGCAGGAAGGUUUCCAAGAAUUCCAGCACACUAUUCUGAAGACCUCCAAAACAUAAUUUCACUAAUGCUAAGUUCUAAGCCCUGUGAUCGCCCAACAGUUGAUGUUUUAAUUCAGAAUCCUGUUGUUCUUUCCCAUGUCAUUCAAGAUUGCAUUAAUGCAAAGUUACCUGUACCUAAAAGUCUUCAAACUCUGGAAAAUCCAUGUGAAACAACUGAAAAGGUUAAAGUAUUCCUACAAGAUAACAUUGCAGCUUCCAAUCUUGCUGAUGUUCACGUGAUACCAAAUGACAGUUUCUCAAAAGGCUUUGACUACAAGUUUCAGGACAUACUGUCAAAAAAACUGGAGGAGCUCAAAAGAAAAGAGGCAGCAUUACAGUUAAAAGAGUUUGCAGUUGCUGAAAGAGAACGAGCUGUUCAAAGGAAAGAGAGAGAUUUGUACACAGCAACAACAGCUGAAGGAAGGUUUAUGACUGAGGGAAAAAGUCAGCAUAAAUAUCGUGAUGUUAAGUUGACAGCAUGGAAGCAGAAAACUCCACACUUGUACCAUAUGCCUAUGAAGAAUGAAGACACUUCUUUCAGUGCAGACACAGGUGACACAAGUAUCCUUCCAACUUCUGCAAAACUGAUUGCAGAUGCUAAAGAAUGUUUCAUAAAAAAACCAAAUGAAAGGAGAGUUCAUUUUGAUACUAAACCAAUACUGGAUGCUGUUGAGUAUACAUUUUAUGACAGAAGUAGUACCCUUUGCAUUAAGAAGCCUGCAAUUGGUAAAACUAACGAACAUAUGCAUUCUGAAACUGCUGGUUGCAUCAGCAAGAAAAAUGUAUUACACAGAAAGUCCUCUGCUCAGGUUCUCCAAAAUGUUGACAAUAUCAACCAGAAUAAUGUGGACAGUUCACAUAGGCAUGUAUUCAGCCAGUGGAAGAAGGCAGGUACCAUUCCCCGGACAGGGAGGGGUAAUUGUUCAAAUAAGGAAAAUAAGCAUCCUACAGUGUCUUCUGCUCAAAAUACAGUUGAAUUGCCUGUGGAUGAUGUUCUUACCAAGAAAUUCAGUUCAGUGGUAAAUUUCAGAUGAAUUCUUAUAGUGGAGAAUGAGUGGUAUGGUCUCAUGUAUUAAACACACAUAAAAAACUUAGUACCUGACUAGUUUGUAGCUAAUCAAAUUAACAUGGGGAUAGUUGAUCAAUAAAAUUAUUUUAUUUGUAUUGAGUCUCAGGGAUCCUA